AUGGCACUUGAAGGGUCAACACCAGAGGCGUUUUCGUUGUAUGCCUUACCGACGUUUCGAAUAACUAACUCGUGGGCGCAGCAGACGCGGACGGGGUUGUUUCAACCUCCGGAACUGUCCACUUCCCCGGCUCGGUUUGACAGCGGUGAUUGUAGCAGCAGUAAUGGGGCGAACUCAGCCCCAUUUGCCGCAUCGCGAAAUGAGUGUUACCUAGUGUCUAGAUGCAAUUUUGGACCGGAUGGGGAGCUGUUGCUACGUAAAGGGGAUCGCUCUCUCGAGAGCAUCAUGAACAUGAUUAUCAAUGAGAUCGGUAAGGAGCAGGAUGCGUUUGCCACUCAGAGGGAAGGUAAUCUUGUCUUAGAGCGUGAACUAAGACAGGUUCAACAAGGCCGAAGGGAUGCAGAGCUCGAGUUGCAUAAGACCGAGGCACUUUUGUUUUGUGUCAAGUCAAUAGUUAAGGAGCAGCAAAACUUGCUGAAUGAACUGAGGCACGUGUAG